GAGAUGAGGGCGCCCUCCUCUGUUGAUGGAUGUGUUUACACCGGUUGAGAUGCAGCAGAUUCAGAAGCAGCAUCCGCUCAGGAGCCGCGGGGCCUGCGAUAUUGUUGGUUGUGGGGAAUCAGCCAGUCUCCAGAUGUAGUUUGAAGGAGCGUCACGUUGCCCCCACUGGUCCACAUUCCCCCCCUCCACUGCAUGGCUUCACUUGCUGGUGUCUCUCACAGCGUCUCCAUAUCCCCAGUCCUGCACACCCUCAUGUUGGGGUCUCAGGCCUCUCACAGACUGACCAAUGACUGCCUGGAUUGUUCUGCCUGUCAGCCUGUCCGCUUUCUCCAUCACAGGGAUAUGGAUUGUUUACGCCAUGGCAGUUAUGAAUCACCAUGUCUGUCCUGUUGAGAACUGGUCAUACAAUUUGACAUGUACAGAGGAAACGGUUAAGAGGGGCUUCCCAAAAACCUGCUGUACUCUUCAAGACAUCCCCCUCAUCAGUAAAUGUGGAUGUUAUCCACCAGAGAGCUGUCUCUUCAGUUUGAUUGGCAAUGUUGGGGCUUUUAUGGUGGUUAUGGUGUGCAUGCUGCGUUAUGCUCAAGUGAUUGAACACAGCCAUCACUGCUGGACCAACACAAGUGCUUUGGUGUCUGGCUGCAUUAAUGGCCUGGGUUUGGUCAUGGUGGGCAACUUUCAGGUUGAUCAUGCUAAGACCCUUCAUUAUGUGGGAGCGGGUGUAGCUUUCCCUGCCGGCUUGCUGUUUGUGUGUCUGCAGUGCGUUCUGACGUACCGUAUAGCAGAGACAGCGCUGGACUACUGGAUGGCUCAUGUGCGUGUGGCUCUCUCAGCUGGAGCUCUGGUUUCCCUUGUCCUCAGUGGUAUCUUCUUCGUCCAUGAAAGUUAUGUAUUGCAGCAUGCCGCAGCCAUCUGUGAAUGGGUCUUCACUGUCUUGGUCCUGGUGUACUAUGGCACCUUCACCUAUGAGUUUGGCACUGUCAACAGCGAUACCAUGAUGGUGGCCUUAAUGAAGCGCAGUCAACACCACCAUCCAGGGUCAGCGGUCAUUAUGGGGGGUAUCGGGAAGGGUGUGGCAAUGGGAUGUGGUGCCCGCAGUCUCAAGUCCCCCGGAGGCAGCAGCACGUCCACACACCUCAACUGUACACAAGAAAGCAUCGCCAUUCUUUAGGGGUUAACCGCUACAAUAUUCUGUCAGACCUCAGCGCAUAGACUCUUUAUCUGGCUCACGGAUUUGUAAAAAAAAAAAUGGUACAAUGAAUACGGAUUUACUUGUGAGGUUACAGUAAGUUUACAGACUUGCUGAUUAUAAUCUAACCGUAAUGGCCAGUUAGUCAUAACUAAGGUAUUUUGCAUGAUAUUUUGCGUUCACAUGUAAGAUAAUUCAAAGUACAGCCACUAUAACCAGCACAGACAAGUCCUUCGCAUGAUUCAUGGGGCCUCUGACAGAAAUGUUUUAAUUUGACUAUGUGAAAACUGCAAUAACCCAUCUGUAAAGGCACAUUCACACUAACAGCAAGUAAAUUGUUUAGGGUCAACAAGUGGAUUGUUAGUUGCUGGAAGGAUUUUUGCCUCAGGAGUGCUGUAGGGAUGAUGUAUUACACUAUGUAGGCCUGGAAACUCGAAGUUAGCAUUGUAACACUUCUCGUUUUUGGUAAAAUGCCUGAAAUAAGAUACCUGGUGAACACAAGCUCAAGGUAUUUAACGUUUUAUGUUACAAAACAAAAUACAUCUGUAAUAUCCUCUUGUGAUUUUUUUUUUUUAAAGGGAUAGUUCACCCAAAAAUUAAAAUGCUGUCAUUAAUUACUCACCCUCAUGUCGUUCCUAACACGCAAGACCUUCGCUCAUCUUCAGAACACAAAUUAAGAUAUUUUUUGAUGAAAUCUGAGAGCUCUCUGACCCUCGUUUAGAUCAAAGCAUAAACAAUAUAAACAACGUAUCCAUGCGUCGCAGCUGACACAGAUCAGCAUAAAUUGUGAUACUCUCUAAAAUGGCACCAGGGCGAUGCAAAGGAGAAGAAUUGUUGAAUAAAGUGGUUAUUUAUAGUUUUCUUUGCACACAAAAAGUAAUCUUGUAGCUUCGAAAAAUUACGGUUGAACCACUGAUGUCACAUGGAUUAUUUUAAAGAUGUCUUUACUACAUUUCUGGACUUUGAUCGUGGUAGUGACCUUGCAGUCUAUGGAGGUUCAGAGAGCUCAUGGGAUGCAUCAGAAAUAUCUUAAUUUUUGUUCCGAAGAUAAACCAAGGUCUUACAGGUUUGGAACGACGUGAGGCUGAGUAAUAAACAUUUUUUUUGGGUGAAGUAGCUUCAUUGUGUUUAUAAUCAUUCUCUUUCUCUUAUUUUUACUCAGACUUUCAGGGAUUUUUUUUAUUUUUAUUAUUAAAUAAAACUGAAAUAGAUUUUUUUUCUGAUUGCAGUAGGCUUUACAAUUCAUCAAAUUUAUAGUCAUUUGUAAAGAUUAUCAUGGUAAACAAAACGUUUAUCAAUUCUGAGCUUUGUUGCUCACUCAGCUUUUUUUAUUUAUUUUUAUUCAGUAAUUCAAAAGCCAAUGAAAAAAAUCCUAUUGGGUUUUUGUUGAGGAAACCAGGGGCAUGCUAACUUCCAGGCUGUCAUCACUGCAUUUCUCUAUUGGUAGUCGGUGCAUUGUAUCUCCACUCAAUUACAUAUAGUUGUAAAAAACAAAUAUGAUUUGUUGCAACACUCUGUCACUCAUGUUGCCCUAAAUCGCCAGCUCCUAUUGAAAAUCAGUGACUUUGGUCACUUUGCCACUGUGAAUCUCUUCCAGAACUGCCAGCAAUACCAAGACACUCGUCUAGUCAAAGAAGAUAAUUGGCUAAACCCAUCCAACCUUUAGUAACCCGUUAAAUCUGUAGAAACUGUGAUUACACAACAUGUCAAGAGCCGUUACUGUAGCAAUGAGGAUUUUACGUCAGCUCCACCAGCCAUUGCUGCCAACAGUUGGGUUGCAGUGAGGUUGAGGUUUAGUCACUUUACUUUAGUCAAAUAGCGAUACUUUGUAUUCAUACCUGAGAUGCAGGUGGUCCGUAUUUAUGUAUUCAUUCCAGGUGCUCAUAGCUUAGUUUGAUCUGUGCCAUGGUAUUGGCAUGAUAUCAGGUGCUCUACAUACAAUGUGGAUGUGUUAAAUUGGAUUUAAGGGCAUCUCUUUGCAACCUUUUGAACAUUGUGGUGCUUUCGCCACUUUUGUCAAAAACUGCCUGUAUCGAUUAGUUGCAUCCCAGGUACCAUGCAAACAAACUCCUAAUAUUUUAGGAUCAAGGAACAAGAUUUUUUGUCAGUUAAUCUGUUGUUUUGUUCUGAGGUUUUUUUUUUCUCACAUUUAUAAAUAUAAGGUGACAUUAAUAUGACUUUUCAGGAGAUUAAUCUUGCUCUUGAUCCCUGUUGUAAAAACUUUGGGAUUAAUAAAAAAAAAAGCAAAAAGCAAAAAAGCUGUCUGUACUGUAGGGGGUAAAAUUUAGUUCUUUUGUGUUUAUUUGCAAAAUUCUUGCAUUUCCCAAAGAAACUAUAAUAGGAGAAGAGAAGGGAAAAUUAUAUUUCAAAGCUUUUGCAAAUACAAAGUAUCUCUCAGGGGAACACAAAAGUUUUGCAAGUGAAUGUAUUGUUCACACAUAAAAGAUUUGCAUUUGCUUGGAAAACAUUUGCGUUGUCUCUUUUGUGUUUUCACUUGAGAAACUGGUAACGGUGGAAAAAACUUUUUUUGUGAGUGAACAUAGAAACACUGAUAUAUACCGAUAUAUAUAUAGUUUAGUUCUUCAGAGAGCAAGUUAAAUUAUUACAGGGGAAAUACAUUUUGCAAGUGGAUGCAAAAUAUUUGUGAGCAAAUGCAAAAUUUCUCAGGGGAUCACAAAACUCGAGUGAGAAUGCAUUACAUUCCCACAAAAAAAAAAGUAAAAAAAAAAGUGUGUGUUCACCCAAGAAACUGCAUUUAUUUAUUAAUUUUUUUUUUUUUUUUUUUGAGAAUGCAACAGUGUUUAGAAAUUUUGCAUGCAAAAAUUCAUGUUUUUUUUACAUCUCAGGUGUUGCAUAGAAACCCUGCUCAAGAUCUGGAUGUAAGAUCAGCUGGGAGGGUAGACGAUUUGUUAGUAAGAUUCCUCUCAAAAGUAGUUUAUUCAGCAUAUUGAAGCAUCAUGUCUAAGAUGCGUUCUGUAUGUCUAAUGAGAUAUCGACUGACAUCAGUAAUACAAGUGAUGCUAUGCGGCUCAAGUGGUAGAGCAUUGUGUUAGCAGCGCAAGGUUGUGGGUUCAAUUCCCAGGGAGCAUGUUAAGUAAAAAAUGUUAGAAUGAAUGCACUGUAAGUCGCUUUGGAUAAAAGCAUCUGCAUAUAUAUGCAUUUGACAUGAAAGUUAAAACUGUCAAGUAAACAAGUCAAACUGACAUUUUUCACUUUUUAGGUGGAGACAGUUUUGUGUAAUAAUGCAGACAUUUUGUUUAUUUCUCCAACAUGCUUAGUUUCUGACACUUCAGUAUUAAUUCAGCAUUAAGAGAAAAUCAGAGGUCUUAUCAGUUUAUUUUCUAGUGCAUUAUAUAAAAUAUUUACUGUGUGUAAAUGAUACGUAUUGUUACGCAGAGCUGCUUUUAAAUGAAUCCAUAAUAUUGCAUAGAGUAUGCAUACUACGCUGAGACUAGGGUCUAGUUAAUAAUAUCGAAAUGAAGAAUGCUUCCUAAUCAGCAUCGCACCAUUGUUAUAUACACUUCAUUUUAUAAUAUAUAAAAUACUCAAAGUAAAUUUUCAUAAUAUGUUGGAAUUGAUGUAGUGCACUAAAGGGGAAAUUGGAGUAUUUUUGAUUUAGUGGACCCCAAAUGUGAAAUCCUCCAUAAUAAGCUGUAUUUUGAUUACACAGUAUUUUAGUUUUUAGAUAUUGCUCAUUUGGAAGCAAUGUUAUAUUGAGAACUAUUAAAGAAACCACUUAGAGUUGGUUAUGUGUUGUAUCUGUUUGUUUAUAAUUUAUUCGUUGUAUUGUCAGAAAAUGAAUCCAUGCAAUAUCCAACUGUUCUGUUCAAGUACUUGCAAACAAGCAUACCUCUAUGAAAACCUUACUGUGGUGAGAUGUUCAGAUUUCCUAAAAGAGCUGCUAUAAGACAUAUGUUACUUUAGCUAUUUCCUGUAUGUUGUUUCUGUUUUGUGUGAAAGGCCAAAAUCAAACAUCUGUAGAUCUGUCCUGAUGUCUCCUGAAGCUCAAUCAAUGAUAUGAUUAUUCAUAUGCAUCCAAUAAGACAAUCAGUGCAGCAGUUUGAAUAAGGCCCUAAUCACCUUUUAGGCUACAAUAAUUUAGUUACUUUUUGUUACUUAGAAAAUCCAUUAAGGGAUAUCUGUCAAAAGGAAAGGGAUUUCUAAAAACUGUUUUGUUUAGUAGACAGAUUGUCUGAUAAACUUGUGAAAUGGAAACUGAAAUCCAUUUAUCAGCUUGUUACUGUUCAUACUGCAACUUUCUGUUGAAUUAUGAGCCUUUCUGCACGUUUCCUCAUCUUUCACAAGGGUUUUGUUUUGUAAAAUAAAAUGUACCUUAAAUUGA